CCAUCCUUCUGUUUGUUAUCUGCUGUAGGAGUCCCUGCUGUUGUGGUUGCUAUAGUAAUAGCUAUAAGCAGAGACAACUACGGGCUCAGUUCCUAUGGGAAAUAUCCGGAUAACUCACUGGAUGAAUUCUGCUGGAUCAACAGCAACGUUGCCUUUUACGUUUCGGUCGUGGGGUAUUUCAGCGUGAUCUUCCUGCUGAACAUAGGCAUGUUUAUUGUUGUGCUGGUGCAGCUGUGCCGCAUCAAGAGCCAGAAGCACCACACCAGCCAGCGGGGCAGCAGCUUCCGGGACAUCAAGAGUGUGGCCGGCCUCACCUUCCUGCUGGGCAUCACCUGGGGAUUUGCUUUCUUUGCCUGGGGAGCGGUGCAGCUGGCCUUCAUGUACCUGUUCGCCAUCUUCAACACCUUGCAAGGGUUUUUUAUCUUCGUGUUCCACUGCGCAGCCAAGGAGAAUGUCCGGAAAGAGUGGAGGAGGAAUCUGUGCUGUGGGAAACUCCGACUGGCCGAAAACUCAGACUGGAGCAGGACAGCCACCAACAUGAAGAAGAAGUCAGCGAUGCUGGUCAUGUCUUUCGGCUCUGGCUCCUCCAGCUCCCUGCACUCCAACAUCACCUCCAGCGGCUCCAAAACCUUCCUCGUCAGCAGAGAGCACGCCGCUCCUGCCACUGGAAAUGAUAACCACUACACGGAGAGGGAGAGGGUGUCGCUCAAUACACCGAAUGGAGAUGUCAUGCUCAAUGAGAUCUCCCACGACAGCUAUAAGUUGUCAUAAGCUGGAGGAAAAUGAUUACAAAACAGUCAGCCUUUCCCUGAGGAAGACUUUGAAGAAACAAGGAGGCAUGACGUUCAGCGAAGUGCAGUGACGUUAAACGCUAAAACGACAUGACGUUGCAUUCCCACCAUUCGGUCAACAAAAGCUGUUGUGUUUCUAAGUGGGUUUGUGUGUUUGUUUGUCUGUUUGUUUGUUUGUGCCACACACCAUAUGUUUAUAAAUGUAAUGGUUUAAAUUUUAUAGGAGUAAAAUGAACAACAAGUGGAAUAUUUGCAGCACUUGCACAAAC